AUGAAGAAGAUAGAAAGCCUCCCAAGUGCAUACAGGGCUUUAGCCGGUCAGACAGCCAACUUGAACUCGGGACUCCUUGCGCAUGCACCAACAGACUGCCUGUAUGGGUAAGUGCUUCCCCAUGUCUGCAAACAGCACAGUACAUAUUCCUCUGUGUCUGCAGAAGUGCUUUCAGCAUCAAGAUGGAUGAAAAGGCUUGUCCAUGAGAUUGCUCCCUGGAAGGGACAAAACAUGUGGAAUUUUGGGCUGGAGUCAUUAGCCUUGGCCUCACAGCAGCCCAAGCUGGGACUGUAGUAGGGUUGCCACACGUCCCUAGAAGAACAUGAUCACAUUAUCCCUUUUUGGGGGGAGAAAAGUGUCGCCUGUUCUGUUUGGACUUCAAACAUAUUCAUGCUCAUUUUCCUCUUCCUCUUCCUCCUCCUCCUCCAUGUGGGCAGAGGGUGGGUCCAGUGGGAGGAGGAGAGUGAGAGCCUGAGUGGGAGUUUGUGCAGGCAGAGAGAGGGUCCAUGAGGAGGGGAGCCAAGAGUUGUUGUGAAACGUGUCAUCAUUCAUUGCCUUGCGGGGAGGUCAUAGUUCUGUUAUAAAGCAACUGCACUGCAUGCAGAAGGUUCCAGGUUCAGUUGCCUGCACCUGCAAGUUGGUCUGGAGGCAUCCAUGGUCUGAAACCCUGGAGAACUGCUGCCAAUUAGUGUAGGCAGGACUGCCCUAGAUGGGUGAACAGUCUGAGCUAGUGUGCAGUUGCUAACUAUGCUCCUUUCCUCCCUACCAGCUUUGGAUCUGCUUGUAGAAGCCUUGUAAGCUCCCAACUGGAUCAAAGCAAUAAUGCUGAGAACCAGGCCAGCGCUUUGCUGUGUAGUCUAGCUUGUAAUUUACCACAAUUUACACACCCACACCAACUCACAACUUUUUGUAACACUUGCAUUAUAGCAGACUGCACCGUAGACAUAUGAGAAAUAACUUACAUUGUAUUUCCUGUGAUUAAGAAGAGCCAUCACGAUUCAACAGAUGCCUAAGAUGAAAGAACAGGAUAUCGCAGCAGGAUGUUCAACACAGCACACAAUACCACACAGCAUAUAUUUUCAUUAGAUAGAAUUUUCUGGCUCCCUAAGAUAAACCAAGGGCACAGUCCACCAGGAAGUUCUUCCUUGUAAGUCUCACUGAAAUGUACAGGAGCAGUGAAACAGCAACACAGCUACAGCUUUGUUUGUCGCUGAAUUUUUGCCUUCUGAAAAAUUACACAAACCUGUCAUUGAACUCAAUUCACCACACACAGAGCAAGAGUUGUGGUGGCAAAUGUGUCCUCAAACAUUUUUCUAGGCAAAAAACAAAGACCACACAAAAGCAGUAACAUGAGAUUCAUGAUACCCCAAACUUGGAAACUUGUGUUUGCUUUGUAUCUCACUUUCUGGAGAGGGGGGAAACGGCAAAAGUGCUCCAGAAGGGGAGGGUUUUCACUAGGUUUGCAAGAUGGCAGGAAAGGGCUGAAAUCUGCAUCCUGUGUGACAUGGUCCCAAUUCUGAUCAGCAGCCACCCCUCCUAACACCAGAACUAAAAGGCUGGAAGACUCAGGACAGGUAAAAGAAAGUCCUUCUUUAUGCAGUGCAGAGUUAAACUAUGGAACUCCCGCCCAGGGGAGGCAGGGAUGACCAUCCACCCGGAUGGCUUCAAAAGAGGAUCAUUUAUUAUUUACCGGCAGCCCAUCUGACUGAGUUGCCCCAGCCACUCUGGGUGGCUUCCAGCAAAAUAUAAAAAGACAAUAAAAAUCAAGCAUCAAAAAACUCCCCAUAUGGGGCUGCCUUCCGAUGUCUUCUAAAAGUCAUAGAGUUGUUUUUCUGUUUUAGUGGCUUUCCAAGAGGACUGGACGAACCCAUGACGGAGAGGGCUAUCGGGGGCUGUCAGCCACGAGGACCAUGCUCUGCCUGCGCAGCCAUGCUGCUGGGAGAGAGUUCUUGUGCUUGAAUCCUGCCACUGUGCCGGUGGUCUCAUCCAGCAGUCUCCUCUUCUGUUCUUAUUUAAAUAACAAAACCGUAAAUGCACUGGCACAUACUGUCUACCUUGAUGUUUGAGAAGCUCAGACUGUCACAAGCAGAGGCUUCCUCAUGACCAUUAGCACAAAAUCCCUUUGUGUCUUGCAACAGAGAUUGUUCAGAAUAUGCUCGCUUAAGCCAGCAGCAGUCCUACAGUCUAUGAUUGUGAGCUGAAAGAUGAGAUGGGAGCCAGAGAUAUCAGCCCACUGCACAGCAGAUUCUCCUCAAAAUAUUUUUCAUGCUUUGAAAAGCAGAGAUAGUUUCCUCUUUUUAAAAAAAUCAUUUUUAUUUCAUUUUACAAUACAAAAUUAUUUAAAAAAUCAAAUACAUAACCAUAUACAGAGAUUCCUCCAAAUCUCAGGACUUCCCCACCUCCACCCCCUCCCUGGAGUCCCAUUUUAAACAUUUAAAAUUGCAUCUUCUUCCACAUUCUAACUAUUCUAUCAAUCCAUAUCUUCCAUGGUAAUUGUUACACUACAAGUGAGAUCAAAAUCCUGCCAAUGUUUCCAUCUGCUUACAGUGGUCUUUUAAAUAACUUACAAUCCCCCCCCCCAUUCUUUCGUAAACUUUUUGUCCUCUUGGUUCCUGCGUUUUCCAGUCAGCUUUGCCAUUUUGGCAGAGUCCAUCAGCUUCGUUUGCCAUUCUUCUCUGGGAGGGACUUUGUCUUCUUUCCAUCUCUGGGCCAGUAGCAUCUGAGAGGCUGUUGCUCCUGAUAUAAAAAGUCUUUUCUGGUCUUUAGGUAUAUCGGUGCCUGUAAUAAAAAAGCUUCUGUUUUUUUAACAAAAGUUAUUUUAAACAUUUCCCCCCCAUUUCAUUGUAUAUCAUCUCCCAGAAAGCUUUUACCACCUUACAAGUCCACCACAUACAUUUCCAGCAUGUAUUUUUACUUGUCCUAUACAUUUUUGUCUUUGUCAAUGGAGUUUUCUUGGCAGGGAUACUGGAGUGGCUUGCCGGUUCCUGCUCCAGGUGGACCAGGUUCUUUAUGGACCAAAAAGAAGGCUGAUCGCCAAAGAAUGGAUGCUUUUGAAUUAUGGUGCUGGAGAAGACUCUUGAGAGUCCCAUGGACUGCAAGAAGAUCAAACCUAUCCAUUCUUAGGAAAUCAGCCCUGAGUGCUCACUGGAAGGACAGAUCGUGAAGGUGAGGCUUUGGCCACCUCAUGAGAAGAGAAGACUCCCUGGAAAAGACCCUGAUGCUGGGAAAGAUGGAGGGCACAAGGAGAAGGGGACGACAGAGGACGAGAUGGUUGGAUAGUGUUCUUGAAGCUACCAGCAUGAGUUUUGAUCAAACUGCGGGAGGCAGUGGAAGACAGGAGUGCCUGGCGUGCUCUGGUCCACGGGGUCACGAAGAGUCGGACACGACUAAACGACUAAACAACAUGCAUUUUUGCCAACUUAGUAGGAGUCAAAUACCACUGGUACAUCAUUUUCAUAUACAGGUAAUUCUCUUUAUUACAGGCCAUGAAAUUCUGUUCUGUUUUCCAUAACCAUUCCCAAUCUGUCAUCUGAAUAUUAUGUCCCAAAUCUCUUGCCCAGUGUAUCAUUACCACUUGACCUUUUCCUCUUUUGUAUGCCAUUGUAAUAGCAAACUGUACAUUUCCAACAGUAAUUUAACAUUAUUUUCUAACAAAUCGUUUUGAAAUCUUGAUGGCUCAUGACUAAAACAUUUCUUUUUAUCUAUUUUGAAAAUAUUGUUUAGUUGGUGAAACUGUAACUAGUCCAUUAAUAUAUCCCUUAUUUCUUCAUAAUCAUUUAGUUUCACCUGCUGUUCUAUUUCAGUUAACAGUUCUCUAUAUGUUGGCCAAGUAAUUCUCAUAUUUGAUUUUUUCAGGAUAUUGCUUCUACGGGAGGGGGGGGGAGGAGUCAUCAAGGUGUUUUUUGUUCUAAUAAAUGUUUAUAUUUUUCCCAAACCAUAAAUAAUGAUUUUCUUAUUAGAUGAUUCUGAAAACCUUUAUGUAUCUUUCUUUUUUCAUACCAUAAAUAUGCAUGCCAUCCAAAUCUAUUAUCAUUUCCUUCUAAAUCUAAAAUAUCUGCAUUUUUCAAUAUUAUCCAUUCCCGGAUCCAACAAAUGCAGGACACCUCAUAAUAUAAUUUUAAAUUUGGCAGGGCAAAGCCUCCUCUCUCCUUGCCAUCUGUUAGCAGUUUAUAUUUUAUCUUUGGUUUCUUACUCUGCCAGAUAAAUCUAGAAAUAUCUUUUUGCCAUUCUUUGAAGUGUCCUGCACUGCCUAUCACCAGUAUUGACUGAAAUAAAAAUAGCAUUCUUGGAAGUACAUUCAUUUUUAUCACUUAUAUUCUUCCCCCAAAAGAUAAAUUCAUCCUAGCCCAAAUUUCUAAAUUUCUCUUUGUUUCUUUCCAAGUAUUUAUAUAAUUGUUUUAAAUAAAUUAAUAUUCUUAGCUGUUAGCCAAACACUUAAGUAUUUAACUUUUUAUAUAUAAAUAAGUCUGUAGCUUGUUGUAAGUCCUUUUUAUAGUGUUCUGUCAUUUUUUUUUACUAAGAUCUUAGUUUUAUUUUUAUUUAAUUUAAAGCCUGCUACCUGUCGAAACUCCUGGAUCCUCUCCAACACUUUCGGUAAACUAUUCUUAGGGUCUUCUACCAUAAUCACAAGGUCAUCUGCAAAAGCUUUUAAUUUAUAUGCUCUAUUUCCUACCGUUAUUCCUUUAAUUGUUUCAUCUGCUCUUAUUUUUCUCUCCAAGGUUUCUAGGACUAAUAUAAAUAAUAACGCUGAAAUGGCUAAAUUAACCGGAAGACUAAGAAAUCAAGAGGACAACAAAUAUAUAUAAAAAGAUGGAAAAUGUUUAUUGCAUAUUUACAAAAGCAUUGUAAAGAAGUUUACACAACAGCAGGGUUUUAAGAAACACUUGUAAUAUCACUUGUAAGAACAAUGUUUGGAAUUGGAAAUAUUUAAAGAUAAGAAAAUUAUAGACAUGUACAAUAUAAGAAAACGCAAAAGAACCGGGGGAGGGAGUGGAGGGAAGUCAAAGGAUCGGAAGAAUGCCAAAAUAUGGAAUUUAAUAUGGUAUGAAAAUGUUUUAUGUUCUAUUUUCUAUUUUUAUUGCAUUUGUUCAUUAUGGUAUGUGAAGAUAAUGUCUGAUUGUGAAAAAUAAUACUUUUUAAAAUAUAUAUAUAUAUAAAUAAUAAUGGUGACAAGGGACACCCUUGCCUUGUCCCCUUCAUUAUUUUACAUUUUUCUGUAAUCCCAUUAUUCACAAUCAGGGUAGUGUUUUGGUCUGAAUAAAUUGGCUCAAUACCUCUGCCAAAUGCCUCUCCAAAGCUCAUCUUUUCUAUCUGUAAUGAUCUCAGGCAGGCAGGCAAGCCCCCCAUAAGAAUUAAUGACUCUCCAGCAGUUUUAUGUUACGUUUAUUUCCAAAAAACACAUCCAGAGCAUGGCUUCUCGCCUGCUCGCAUUGACAGAGCCCAUCAGUCUGAAUCUCCUCCCCUUUCACAGCAGGAAGGGACGCCAAAUUCCUGCCCUUCCCCUCUUCUCCUUCCGUUGUCCACUGACCUUAUCCAGUCUCCUAGAAAGGGGGCUGAGAGGCUGGCCUCCCCCCUCCCCCCUUCCACUCGACACACUCUCAGUCCUCUGCUUAUAUGCUGGUUGCCUAGCAACACUGGCUGCCUCCUAACUCUCCUGCUUCUUGAGAGAUAACAGUGUCUUCUUCGGGAAGGGAGGGGUCAAACUACCCCUUCUCAGCUCUGUCAGCCAACUCUCAUCUGCAGAGUCGGUCUCUAUCACUUAGUUCAGUUUCUGAGUCUGACUCUUCCCUUGCUCUUGGGUGAGCCACAUUCCUGACACUAUCAUUUUCUUCAUAAAAUUCCAUGAAAUAUUAUCAAAGGCCUUUUCUACAUCUAUAAACAUUAAAGCAGCUUGUUUCUCAUUCCUGACUUCCAGAUCUUCUAUGAUGUCAAUUAUAUUUCUUAUAUAAUUCUUAUAUUCUUCAUCUGGUGAUCUGGCAAGAAACCUGCCUGAUCUUGAUGAAUUAUAUCCACUAAUACCCUCUUCAUUCAAUUGGCAAGUAGGCUGGCAUAUAGUUUAUAGUCAUUAUUUAGUUCUGCACUUUCCAAAGCAGAAACAAAACCCUUGAUGGCAGUUUAGGAAGCAUUUUAGAUCAGCAGCAUCUCUUGUCAGACUGAAACCUUAGGAGGACAACCUAGGCUGCUUUGGGAGUCAGUAAUGUUAACAGAGCCUUGUGUUUUACAGUCAUCACUAACACAGUGGUACCUUGGUUCUCAAACUUAAUUCAUUCCAAGAGUCCGUUCAACUCCAGGAACAGUUCGAAAACCAAGGUGCGGCUUCUGAUUGGCUGCAGGAGCUUCCUGCACUCAAUUGGAAGCUGUGUUGGAUGUUCGGCUUCCGAAAAACGUUUGCAAACCGGAACACUCACUUCUGGGUUUGCAGCUUUCGGGAGCCGAUUUGUUCGGGAGCCAAGCCGUUCGGGAACCAAGGUACCACUGUAGAUACCAUACGGAAUGUGCCACAUUCAUAUGGAAACCAUUCACAAACACUCUUCUUUCACAGCACACCCCUUCACACUUCUCUGGCCACUGAAGACUGCUGCAGCAUUGCCAAAGACCAUGAGCCUCAGGCUGCAUCCUCAGCUGGGCUCUCUAGAGGUCAGGCUGGAAGAUUCAUGCCCAACACUUUUUGAUUUUGCCACUUGUAUAAAACAUCAUUUAGAUACCUUUGGUUAUAUGCUCUGAAGAAGUGUUGAAACUUGAUGAAGCAUCAUCUUGAAGAUCAUAAUCCUGAUUUCAUUGGAUCUGCUGCUUUGGAAGACUUGAUGUGGUCGCAGUUUCAUCAUGUAGAACUGAUUAAUUGGUUGGGAAGAGCUUAACGGAUUUCAUACCAGCCCAAGAUAGUUUGAUGUGCAAAGCCAAGCCCAAAUAGAGCCACGCCCAGCCCUAACCCCACUAGGGCAGAUUGUUGAAAAAGUCUUGCUACACCUAUCAGGCACCAGUUCUUGCCUUCACGUAUUUCACCCCGCUGCCUACUAGGGUAUCUUACUCCAUGGGAUUGUCAGGAACUAGGCAGAUGAGGAAGACUGGCAGAGACCUCCAUCCCAAGAGGCUUCUGGGCAGGAGGAAGAUGACAAUAGUAUGGACUCGGGUUCGUGGUGGCGGCGAACAGGGCACAGCCCAGAAGAAGAAGCAAAGAGAUGAGAAAUAAUGGAGGAUAAGGAACAGGAGAAAGCAAGUAGUUGCCCUAAUCCUGAACAGAGACAGGACUCAGAUGUGGGAGAAACAUUAAAGCAGACACCACGUCAAUUGAAAGCCUGGUAGAACCUCCUCCUUCUCUGAGGAACAGGCAAUCCCUUCGUAUCUUAGAGCAGAGAGCCAAACAGAAACAGAAAGAUUCCGUUGCCGGCCACCAUAGGAGUAAGGAGGGGAUUGGAAGCUAGGAAGUAACAGAAGGGGGUGGAGCAGGCACUCCGAGCAACUUCUUGAGACCAAGAGGAGCAUAAUUCACCAUCUCUCUGUGUAUUCUGUUGAUUUAAAUAAAAGAGCUGGAAGAAGCUCUCUAUGUCUCUGAUUUCACUAGGCAGCCAGCCUGUAGUCAUGACAGGGACUGACUUCUGGGUAUGUGUAGAAUUGUGCCAUGAAAUAUCUGUUACUUUUUGUCUAGUUAAAUAAAUAAAUAAUGCAUAAGCCUGUUAUGAAGAUCACUUGCUAUAGGAAGAGGAAAAAUUUAGGCUGCAAUCAUAAGCAAACUCUGGGCUCAUCCCGAGGUCCUGUUGCGCUACACUUUCUGGGCUCAGAUCCGUGCUUUAAAGCCGUGUGUGUGUGUGUGUGUGUUUUUAAUCCUGGUGCUUUCCCUGGGAAAACUCUUGUCUUAUUGCGGUAAAUGACAAUCUACAGAAAACCCAGUUGCCAUUUGCUCCAGUUCAGUUGGUGAAAUACAUGUUUUCCCCAAGAAAUUGGCAAGACAAUCCAAAAACCCUGCUCAGAUACGGAGUUUUAAAGCCCAGACCUGUGCCUAAAAUGCAGUCCAAAAGGAAGUUAGAUGAGCCCUUACUUGGGAAUAAACACAAUUAAAUUACACUUACCUCUGAAUAAACAUGCAUAUGAUUGCCCUAUAUGUAUAUAAUUCAUACAUUAGUUUACUCAUUCAAAAUUAGAUUUACAAAAUUCCUUUUGGCUGAUAGGCUGAUACACUAAACCAGUUGCACUCAACAGAAAUUUAGGCCUAUCAACUUUAUCUGAAUCAGGACUUUAUGCAUGUAGUAGUUGGUUUAGAAGUUGGCUGUCUUUAAAGCUUAGACAUUCCCAUGACCCAUUUUCUAUUUCAGGGCUUCUGUGCCUAUUUAUAGAUAACAAAAAAUGUGAGAUUAAUAUUGUGAGGGAGCUAUGCAGAACAGUAUGGCAACUUAUCUCCAGAUCACAUGAUUAAACAUUAAAUUACAGUGGUGGCUUGACAAACCCAAGGCCCUAUUUGGAUUGUUUGGAAGCUCGAUGAUGUUUCACUACUAUAAAAAUAGGAAGAGAAGGAGUAUUCCAGCAAGAUUCUCACACGAAGUGAAAAGGCUAGGUUAAAAAUAAAAAAGCAGAAAGAGGGUAUAAAAAGAAGGAUGCAUCCAAUAAUGAUAGGUUAAACCAAAUGGUCUAACAAGGUCUGCCAUUAACAAUAACCCUUUUCUCAGGAAACUCAAGUCUCCGGUGAUAAAUAAGAAUCACAGCAAGACAGGAUGCAUAUGGACCCAGCUGCUGAGCUGAAGGGAUAUGGGAGGCAAACAAUCUGUGCUCCAUUGUCUUAGCAUGUCCUUUGCAAGACUUAUUUGUGCAAUUUGAGCUUGCAAGGGGAAGAUCACGAAGUUCACAGCUCCUUUGCUCCGCAAAGAUGGAGAUUCUCCUCUGCAUCUUUUGGCAAGGGCUGCUUUUGGGACUGAUGGGCCAGCCCAGCAAAACGGGGGAGGUCCUGUGUUCUGGCACUGCUUGCUACACACUCCACUUUGGGAGGCACAGCUGGAUGGAGGCUCAGCGAAAGUGCGAAGACAAUGGGGGCAACCUGAUGACUGUGAAGAGCCAAGAGGAGGCAUCGCUGGCCUGGCAACUGCUGGACAAGAUGCCCAAGGAGGGAGCUGGCACAGACGUGAAGGUAAGACUGUGGAUCGGGCUCCAUCGGGAGAUGGGCAAAUGCUACCAGCAGCAUCAGCCACUGAAGGGCUUCAGCUGGGUGAAAGGAGGCGAGGACACCAAGUACUCUAAUUGGGAACGGGAGCCCCUUGGAACAUGCACAACCAAGAGGUGUGUGACCCUUCAGAGGGCUCCUUCCUCACUUCAGGAACUGGCCUGGGUAGACAGCCACUGCAGUAGUUCAGCUGUCGAGAUGUCUGGCUACUUGUGCAAGUUCAGCUUCCAGGGGAUGUGCCGCCCGCUUGUUUUGGCGGGGCCAGGUGUUGCCAGAUACACCACCCCUUUUGGCAUAGCCACUGCUUCCCUUGUUGCUGUGCCCCUUGGCUCCACCGCUGAAGUGGCAUGUGGUCCUCAGAGGGAGGAGGUGCCGAACGAUUUCCUCAUGUGCAAGCCACAGUCUAACAGCAACACCUCGGAAUGGAGCAGCCCAGGCCCGUUCUGCGCUUCCCCCACUUUGGGUUGCAGCUACAGCAACGGGGGCUGCGAACACAAGUGCCUGGACUUGGGCAGGGGCUUGUUCCAGUGUGCUUGCCACGCCGGAUACCAGCUUGCAGCAGACCGCCUUUCCUGCGUCUUCGUGGACUAUUGCAGCUCCAGCCCAUGCCAAGGACAGUGCCUGCCACGCCCAGGCAGCUUCGAAUGCCUCUGCCCUCAGGGUUACAUGUUGGCUGACGAUGGGCUGCACUGUGUGGAUGUGAACGAAUGCAGUGCUUCCCAAAGCCCGUGUGGACAGAUCUGUGUUAACACGAUGGGCAGCUUCACCUGCCUUUGUAAACCAGGCUACAAGCCUGCCAGUCCUGAUGGCCAGGAAUGCCAGGACAUCGAUGAGUGUGCCAGGGGCAUGCCAUGUGAGCAGCUUUGUGUAAAUACGCACGGCUCCUUCCUCUGCUCCUGCUACCCAGGCUACCAGCUGGAGGGUAUCAAUAGCUCUUCUUGUCUUGAUGUGGAUGAGUGCCUGGAAGAGCCUUGUGAACAUAUGUGCCUCAACCAGCUGGGCAGCUAUCAGUGCUCUUGCAGAGCAGGCUGGACUUUGGCAGACAAUGAGAUCUCCUGUGUCCCUGAUGUCAUGGGCAGGGCCCCCUUCCUCCCCACCCAUGGAGAGAGAGAACUGAGGCGGCCAGCUAACAUCCAUCCUUCUUCAGAGACACCCACCUUGCUGCCUCAAUCUUCAAUUCAAGCUGAACUAGAAGGAUCUCAGGAUUUUACCACCCACCCAAGUGUGCUGAGCACACCACUAGGUGCUGAAAAUCAGGCUGGAGACAUGAUAGACCAUGACAGUGGCAGCUCCAAGCAGCUCCUAUAUUAUAUCUUGGGUGGCAUCGCUAUUUUGUUACUGUUGGCGCUUGCCCUGUCCUUGCUGACCUACAGGAAAAUGAAGGCAAAGAAAAGCAAUAAGAAAUCGAUGAGUGCUGCUGAUAAUUACUCUUGGGUGCCAGAUCAGGGGGAGACCAGGGCGUGACACUGUGUUUCUGUUGUGGCUGUCAUUUUUGAGAUGGAGGCAGGGAGGAAAGAGAAGAUCUCUCUCUCUCUCUCUCUCUCUCUCUCUCUCUCUCUCUGUGUGUGUGUGUAUAUAAAAUGAUGCAAGAACAAAAAUGCAUAUAUGGGGAAAUGUACAACAGCAACAUUCUUACUGGGCCAUCUGAAACUCUAAGGGUUCAGGCAGAAGUAGGAUUUUAAGAGCAACCACAGCAGGCUCUGCACUUGUAGAAUAAUUCUAGCUAAGUAUUUCACUUUAGAGAGAUACGCAGCAGCAGCAAGCUGAAUGCUGGAUCAACCUGACCUCACCAGCUUCUGGUACCUUGAUUAUUAUUAUUUUUUAAGAGCAACACAUAGAAUCAUAGCAUCAUAGAAUAGGGAUAGAAGGGACCCUCCUGUACAUUUCUUUAUAUGUAUAUGCCCAUCUAUCACUUACUCCCCCUGCUUCCAAAUCAAAACAUUUAGGAACAAUGGUUGCAAAAUUACUCCAGGGAUUGGAGGAAGGAGACCUGUGGGUGAUGUGAUAGGUGCUUGCCCAUAGGUAUCUUUCAUGAUGUGCUUUUUCUUAUUCAAGCAGAAUUACUCUAAAAGCCUUGCAGAGACAGAUCAGCAGAGGAUCCUCAAACUGUCUCCACAACUCUUAAACCAUUGCUUCUAUUUCACCCUAAGUUAACAAACUUGUGGCCCAUCCUUAGGAUACCCUAUAAGGCUUGACUUUGACUAGAAUUAGAUGAAUCAAAAUCCUACAACUAUAGUUUAAGCAGCCUGUGAAUUAGCUAGGUUUGGAUAAGCUGAAAUCAAAGCAGGACCACAUGAUUACGAAAUGGUAGUGCUUCAUACACAUUUAGACUGCACUGCAGUCUCUGCCGUUCUGCAUUCUAGCCAAAGCAUUUAGGAUAGGCUGAAACAUUCCUUGGAGAUGACUGGGAAUCCCACUGUAGGUGCAGAAUCUGUGACAGCCUGGGGUCUUCUUCAGUAUCAAUGCUAGGAUGUUCUUGGGGACCUCUCUGGGCUGCUUCAGGGACCAUGUUGUCAUAAUAAGGACCAAUAUAAUAAGGACCAUGACUGGGUGCAAAGAGGGAAGUAGUUCUGGGGAAUACCAACAGAAGAUUGAAACCUAGGGAAGCAGCCAUUGUGAGAUUAAUUGUAGUGAUUGUUCAGUGCUGAGUAAACUUUGUUUUUGUUCAUGCUUCAGUUUCCUGUUGCAUCAUUUUAUGAAGUCUGUAGAAGCAAAUAUUACUGUUGAGUUUCUUUUAUUUUUAUAUUUAAUUUUGGAUUUUCAGCAUUAAUUAUUCUUUAAUAAUAAUCCCAUCAACAACCUGCUUAAUGUACUCUAGGGAUGGGGGUGGUGGUAUCCAAGGUAUGAAGCGAUGUUCAGACCUUCAGAAUCAUCCAGGUCUGAACAAUCCGGGUCAUUACAGGGACAAUGAGAAAGAUUUUCCACCCCACUUUAUUAAUGCAUGUACAGCCUGGGUGAUUCUGAAGGUCUGACCAUGGUCUUACUGUGCAGGCUUUGACAAAUGGCACAAAGCUUUGUUAAAUAUUUUAAAUGCCACACAGUUGUAAUCCCCACCCCCUUUUGUAUUACGUGUGUGAAAAGAUCAUUUUUACUGCUGUUGUUUUUGUCACAUUUAUAUCUCUUUGUAUGACAAUACAAAUCUUUUCAACCUAGAUUUUGAAAAGCAGCUUAGUUUGGGGGUUGCAAACGUGCUUAAAGUUUUCUUUUUCUAUCUUGAAAUAUUUUUACGGAACAUGUUUAUGGGUUACUAAAAAAACUGGUCAUAUAUAUAAUUUCAGAGAAAUAGAUGGUAAUAGUAAAGGUAAAGGGACCCCUGACCAUUAGGUCCAGUCGUGACCGACUCUGGAAUUGCGGCGCUCAUCUCGCUUUAUUGGCCAAGGGAGCCGGCUUACAGCUUCCGGGUCAUGUGGCCAGCAUGACUAAGCCGCUUCUGGCGAACCAGAGCAGCGAACGGAAACGCCGUUUACCUUCCCGAUGGAGCAGUACCUGUUUAUCUACUUGACUUUGACGUGCUUUCGAACUGCUAGGUUGGCAGGAGCAGGGGCAGAGCAACGGGAGCUCACCCCGUCACGGGGAUUCGAACUGCCGACCUUCCAAUUGGCAAGUCCUAGGCUCUGUGGUUUAACCCACAGCGCCACCUGCAUCCCUAUAGAUGGUAAUACCACUCUUUAAUUUCACCAAUGAGUACUAGGCAUGUGAUCUAUAAGGUCCAAAUGGAGAGGAUAUACAUAAACAUUUGAGUGGGGAAAACUAAUCAUGAACAUCCUCACAGUGCUCCUGCAAAAAAAUAAUUGCAGCCACAGGUAUUUUUAUGUUUUUGUCAAUAAUUGCAUUUGGCAAUAGCAGUAAUAGCAGUUUUGGUGCCUGGACAGCUACCCUCCCAGAUCUUCCCAUGGAAAGCCAUUUCUAUAAAUAAUAUUUCUAUCAGUAAUUUAUUUACUGAAAUAUUCAUAAAGCCAAGUGAGCAUUAGUAUAAUGGGAUUUAUGUUUUACCAUUAAAUCUACAUGGUCAAUGUUUUUGUCAGCACUGUUAUAUGCACUGGGCAAAAUUAAGCACUUCAAAGGCCACUUGAUUUCUACUGCAGAUAAUUAAACACAUGCUUAACUUGUUUAUCAGAAUCUAUUAAACUGACUUCAUGUGGCUUGGAUCAUUGCCAUUCGGCUGCUUAAGGUGUGUUUAGCACAAUAAAGUUUCUAAUGGCCCACCAGCUACAUCCUGUUUCUUACUGUGUAUAGGAAAACGUUUUCUUGCUGUUUUUCCUCUCUGUUGGCCCUAUUGUGAAAUCAAGAAAGUAUUAAGGAAAUGUUAUGACUCUUAAUGUCUUAAAGGGCUACCAUUACCUUAUUUGUGUAUAACUGCCAAUAUUGUGCUUUGGCAAAACAGAAUAUGAAAACACUCCCCAUUAUAGCUUAAAUCAGAUGCUUGGGUUAUAGCAUAUAAAUAAAAAAUUGAAAGAUGUACUUAUGAACUUUGCUAGGAAGUGGGACAUGCUGAUUUAGAAUCAUGACAUUCAGGAUGUCCUUUUCAUAAACUUGCUUUGUAUCUUCUUAUCAUUUUAAUUCUAUUAUUGUUUAAUUACCUUUUAACUAUUACCUUUCUAUGUUUUUAGGUUUCUGGGUUUUAUCUUCUUCUUCUUUCUUUUUUGUGUGAGUUCUGGGGGAAAACACAGGAUGUUAUUAUCCCUAUGAUUAUUAUUCACAACAACUGAGCCAAUGAUGGACAUGUUUCAGUGCUCCAGGCACAGGUGAAGGUGCCCCCUCCAUGAUAUAGCCUACAGUUGGCACUCCAAGUGGUGGCUCAUAGGUAUGGAGACCUAAAGGCAAAGUCCUAUGCCCUUUUAAAAUGUGGAGGGUUUUUUUUGGGGGGGGGCAUUAUUGGGUUGUUGUUUCUAUUUUGAUUAUGCAUUUUGUGGUUUUAUAUUUUGAUUUUAUUCUGUGAACUACCCCUUCCAUUUCUGAAAUGCAGUGCAAUGAAGAAUCUGCGGCUCUGCAGAUGUUGCCACUUGCCAGACUACAGUUCCCACCCCCCUCUGGCCAUGGACUAUGUUGCUUGAUAGGAGCUGCAAGUCUGUUAACAUCUGGAGGGACCAUAGCAGGACCCCCACCCCUUCCCUAGAUCUUUCAGAGGGUACAGUUCUUUACCUUGGUUCCUGAUAACAUUCUUAUUUAUGGUACGCUCAAGGACUUAGGGUGUGCAACCUUUUUCAAUUCCAGCAUUGUGGUCCGCAGUGUAAUCUGGAUAUCGUAGUUUGUGUUGAGGAAAUUCCAGAAUCUGUUUCCUGGAGUUCCUGACUCUCUCUCUCUCUCUCUCUCUCUCUCUCUCUCUCUGUGUGUGUGUGUGUAUGUCUUCCUUCUGCUCAGCAAAGGGAUUCUCCCCUUCUAUAUAUUCCUCAUCUAGACUCUAAUCUACUCUAGACUCUAUUCUCUAGUUUAUCUCGAAUCUAUCUCGAAUCUCCUGGAAGAUUCUUGCACGGGGGGGGGGGGGCUAUCCAGAUAUUGCUAGACUCAUCCCCAAAUGGUCAGGGAUGUUAGGAAUUGUAGUUCAGCAACAUCUGGAGGGCCACGGGUUGCCCAUCGCACUCCUAGCAGCAUCUCAAGGGAAGUUGGCACAGUAUAAGGGCCUACCAGCAGUUAGCCUUUAGAAAGGCCCGUGGCAUUGGUGGCCAAACUGUGGAUCUCCCUCCUGAUUCACGUUCACCUGCUAUCCACGCUGCUUCCCAGGUUCAGCCCAUCCCAUCUUAUCAGCAUUUGCAUUUUAGCUGCUUUUGAUGCUACUGAUUCUUCCCCUGAAUUAGAGGUGAUUUUUUUUAAAUGACUGACUUCACCCCCUAAAAUGACACAUCCUCCUGAGCUCUUCAGUAUAAUAGGGUUAAUAUCGUCCACAGAAUUGUAGAACCCAGCUCCUGCAAUGCAGGAAUCUGUCACCCAACAUGGGGCUCCUCCUCUACCAACUGAGCUAUCCCAGCAGUCAUAAUUCACAAUUGCACAUUGUGAAAUAUGGAGGGGUAAAAACACUAAUUAUUCCGACUGAAUGAGGAAUCUGGCUCUGCAUCACCAGAUUCUUUGUUGUUUAAACUUCAAAUGAGCAUUCACCAGUGAGUCAUCUCCAUCUAUAUUAGCAAAUUUACAUCUUGCAUCACUAUUUGGCUUUUGCUUUGAAAAUUUUUGUUGUGGGUUGGGUUUUGUUCCUCCCUCCCCAAGGUGCCAACCUUUCUAAGAAAUGCCAGAAACAUUCCAGAAUAAUAACCAUCCUGCUUGAACUUAUUGUUGGGAAUUGGAAAAGAAGAAACACAGCCUCUAGCUAUAUAUUAUUCCAGAUGCAUGCCUGGAGGGGUAAAUAUGUAUCUGGAACCCUAUGUGAAGGAUUGGGGAGGAGUACAGCAGGUGGCAGGGAGAUACAGUGGGAAAGUGGUGAGCAGGGAAAGGGUUAAAGCGCCCGCUUUCCUGCAAAACUGAUUCUCUCAACCUGUGUUUCAACAUGCGCAUUUGCCUAUAAUGUGUAGUUUAGUCCUAAGAAUCAUAGAAUUGUAGCGCUGGAAGGAACCCUGAUGGUCAUCUAGUCCAAGCCCCUGCAGCUGAUCCCUGUGGGGAUGGAACCUGCAGCCUUGGCAUUAACAGCACCACACUCUAACUAAAGAUGCCCAGUAGGGAUUGCCCUCCAUACUUUGGUGUCCUGGAGGACAGCAGCACCCACUUAUCAAGGGCUCAUAGUCACCUUUUGAGAGUCCAAACAACGAGGGCCAAUCCUGGUAGUGCAAAACAGCAGAAAACGUGACCAAGAAAAUCCUGAAAUCUCUACCACCUGUUCCAAAUUUGUACAAUUCUCAUGUAACUUUUGACUGUCCAAUUUCUAAUGGCUUUCCCCCUUAUUUAUGUUGAGAAUGUGAUAUUUAGUUGCAAACAGCACUUUAUAGAUUGCAUUUUUAUGCUAUGAAUUUCCUCAGGAUCAAUGGAUGGAAAGCGGUAUACAAAUUUAAUAAAGGAAACAAACAAACAAACUUCUGUCUGGGUGUUUCCCAUGUGAUGGCAGGAAGCAAUCGUGAGGAUCAGAUGCUUGAUGUAGUUAUUCCAACACCAAGACGCCCAACAAAGGCUUGGGCCUGGGGGCAGGUAGCGGUGGUGGGGGAAAGAAGUGUGCAGACAGACACACAAGAUCUCUAUCUCAGGUCUGACCAGUGGAUCACCGAGUUUUAUCUGAUUUGUACCUUUAGGUGGAAGAAUAAUUCCUGGAAGCUCCCGUGACUCAUCCCUUCAGCUGAUAUGGAGGUUAGUCUCACCUUCACUAUCAGACUGUGCCAAGGGAUAAGGGUGGAAUGAAAUUAUCUCCUUAAACCCAUCUUAAUAAGAUAUUAUAGGAUUACCCAAACACAACCAAUAUAUCAUUUUAAUUGCUUAUUUGAUUGAUUUUGUUCUCUGCUGUGUAUUAACUGGAAGAUCCCUCACUUUACCUCUGGGCUAA